ACCCCCGCCCUCCGGCUCAACCGCCCUCUUCCCAUCCUCGGAGCGAGAUCUCCCACACACCCCGGCCUCAAAAUCCCUGUCCAUCAAAUCUCGUCCUUCUUUCCCUCACUGUGUCUACGCGUCUGCUCAAAAGAUCAAGGUUCCACGAUGAAGCUUUCGGAAAUAACACCAAGGGGUCAAAUGCUUGUUGGUUCCAACGUGGUCGCCACAUUUUGUAUUGUUGCGGUACUCCUGGUUGCUACUACAAGAACACGAAAAUGCCAACAAAGCAAAAGAAAUUACGAGCCGAACGCCCAAGAAAGAUCGAAGAUAGACCAUGACCUCAAAGAAAUUUUCGCCAUCCUCGAUGAUGCAGAAAGGAUGGGAUAUAUCCAUGUCACGAGCCCACCAGAGGAAAAGCAUGCAGACUGGGAGGUGAUCGGUCAAUGGCUCACCUGCUGCAGUGUGUAUGUUGCUGCAAAUGUAAACAUUUUUCAUCGUGCGCAUUCUCGGAAAGUAACUUCCAAGCAUCAACACGACGCUCAGCAUCGUGUUUUGUCUCGCUGGAUCGAUAUGGACUGAAGUGCUCAAAGUACAACUUUAUUCUUUUCUACAUUUUUCCUUUUCUACCCAUCUUUCGUUUUUGAAUCUCUUUUUCUCCCAUGAAAUAAAAAUCGUCAUCGAAUUG